AUGAGUGUGUCGGACCAGAGAAGAAUCUUUCCCACGGCUAAACUGCAUCACCCGGACACUGCUUUGGUGAGCUACAGUGGGAACAUGAUCGAGCUGUGCGGAAUGUGUGUUGUGCGCGUGAAUUACGGUGGACAAAAUCACGAACUGUUGCUGUACGUGGCGAAGAACAAAAAGCAUCCACUGCUGGGUCGUGGGUGGAUGAAAGUGCUGAACAUUGAUGUGAACAAGUUUUACGAAAACGUCCACAUGAUCGCGGUUGACAACAGUGCUGAAUCGGUGAAAAAGCUCAUUGAGCGAUACGGAAACGUCUGUGAGAAGUCGAUGGGUAAAAUCGAAGGGCUAACAGCCAAGCUGCAAUUGAAGCCAGAUGUGCGGCCGGUGUAUUUGCGUGCGCGACCGGUUCCGUUUUCCAUUCGGGAUGCGGUCGAAGAGGAGAUAAAAACCCUAGAGAAGAAUGGUGUGUUGGUGAAAGUGAACUACAGUGCGUGGGCGACACCGGUUGUCCCAGUGAUGAAAAUGAACAAUAGAGUGCGACUGUGCGGUGAUUAUAAGAUCACAGUGAACCCUAAUCUCGUGGUCGAUGAACACCCCCUGCCCACCGUCGAGGAGCUGUUUGCUAAUGUGGCAGGUGGUGAGAAGUUUACGAAGAUUGAUCUCUCGCAAGCCUAUCUGCAGCUGGAGGUCAGUCCGGAGGAUCAGGAGGUCCUCACCCUGAGCACUCACCUGGGACUGUACAGACCGACGAGGCUGAUGUACGGAGUCAGCUCCGCUCCGGCUAUCUGGCAACGCUUGAUGGAGGAAGUACUGAACGGGAUUCCAGGUGUAACGGUAUUUCUGGACGACAUUCGAGUAACGGGGCCUAACGACCAGGUCCACCUGCAGCGUCUCGAAGGUACAAGCAAAUCGACCGUGAAGCUUAUGCGAUCAUCUUUGGAGUGCGGAAGUUCUACCAAUACUUGUAUGGACGGAAGUUUUGGCUCGUUACCGAAAAUGAGCCGGUGA